GCUGCUCGCAGGUACGACUCCCACAGUGGUGUGGCCGUCGACUGCGUCUUCGACGUGCUGAUUGCGAGGAUGGGCGAGGACGUCCAGAACGGCAGGGCAACGCAAAUUGAGGUGGAGCGCUGCAUGGACGAGGUCUGCUCGACUGAAGGCACAUUCGACUUUGCAUUCGCAGUUGUGAUGGCGCCGUCCUCCUAA